CAGCAAAGGCACUCUAGCGUUAGCUAGCUAAUAGCUAACUGAGAUCAUCACGGAUUAUGUCCGUUAAAAUUGAUUAUAAAUGAUACGUAAACCAAAAGGACCAUUGCAGCUUGUCCAGAGAGAAACAGACGACAUAAAAGACGGUUUGUACAGAUGUGUGCGAAGUUGGGACAGUCUAUUGACGGAUGUGCAGAGUAAUGGACCUACUGAAGAGGUCUUUCGGAGAUGUCAAGAACUGCAGAUGUCAGCACAGAAGACACUGAACACACUGAACAAACUUAGCAAGGCUGAUGAGCUGGCUCCAGUGGGGAAUUAUGAUCAGAGAAAGCAGGAGGAGGAGAGACGACUGCAGAGGAUCAUGGAGAGUUUGGAAGCACUCUCUCUGCAGCUUUCACCUCCAGGACCCAGUACUUCAGCAAAUGUAGCCUCAAAAGAAGAUGGUCAGGAUGAUGAUGAUGAUGAUGAUGAUGAAGAGGAGGAGGAGGAAGCAGAUGGAGAUGAUGACAGUAAUGGAAAUAAUGAAGAUGACAAGCGAGCUGUGAAGUCACCCUCUCAGUCGCAACAGCGCCACUACACAGUCCUCGGUGACUUCACGGGAGAAGAGAAAGGAGAUCUGUCUGUUCAGAGGGGACAAGGUAUUGAGGAUAUCAGGGAAACGCCCGAUGGAUGGUGGACUAGCAGAGGGAUGCCUAACGGCAAACAGCUGGAGUGGUUCCAAACACAUAUUCCUGAAGGUACACAACAUUCAGAUAACACUGAAGUCGGCUACAUGGUCAGUGAUGAAGAUGACGGUGAUAACGAUGAGGUGGAUGAAAAUGAUGAUGAAGGAAGUGAGGAUGAGUCAGAGGAAGAGCCAGAUGGUGAAGAACUGACUGAUGAUCAAGUGAUGCAGAGUGUCUUGCACUCAAACUGGUCUACUGUCAGGAAGGCUGUGACUGAGAUUGAUGCCACUGAUGUUCUGUCUGCAAUGGGGGCCAUCCCUUCAGGGUUUAGACCGUCUACGCUCGCAAAACUACUGGUGGAAGAAGGUGUGACAUACAGAGGAAGUUAUUAUAUUCAGCCUCAGCUCAGCCAGUCACAGCUCUCCUUCAGAGACCUCUUCCUGGAGCCAGACACGGGCAAGGUGCGUGCACGGCAGGUCAGGACUACAGUCUGUUUCUCUCUGUGGAAUUGCAGGAUGAUUCCUACUCCCGGGGUUGGAAUUCAGGUCCUGAGCAGACACGUUCGCCUCUGUGCAUUUGAUGGAACACAGGUGCUGAGCAACAUUCACACGGUGAGGGCAACUUACAACCCCAGGACCCCUAAAACCUGGAGCUUCUCUCCAAGGAUGACGGGUAUCCUCCCCGUCCUCCUAGAUGGAGAUUGUUUUCUCCGCUGUAACUCUUCCUCUCCUGACCUUGGUAUCCUCUUUGAACUUGGUGUCACCUUUAUGCGAAAUUCUACAGGUGAGAGAGGAGACCUGAGCUGUGGGUGGACAUUCCUCAAACUGACUGAUGACACUGGUAAUCCACUUCCAAACAGGCUAUAUGAGUUACCCGUGAAUGGGGGCACACCAUAUGAAAAAGACGUGACAGUGGAGGCUUCAGCCACGAAAGGAUCACCCCCAGCUAGUGUUUUCAAGCAGAUGCUUCAGGCCAGACGGCAGCCUAGACUGAUGGUCAAGUUGAAGUCAGCCAGCAGUCAGACCAGAAUGCAGCUCAGUCUCCUUCCAGACACUCUGCUGCACUGCAGGAGCUGCAUCCGCUUGCUGGCUCUGCACAGACAGCUGCUCGCUGACACACUGCUGAUGGAUAGGCCGACGAUGCAGAAUGCAGAUCUGAUAUGCAGUCCUGUGCUUUCUACCCUCCCGGUGUUGUUGGACCAACCAGACUUGAUGGAUGCUCUUCGGCAUGCCUGGCUGGAUGCUCAAAGCAACAUGAGCAGAGCGCAGAAGAGUGACUUAUCUCACAUGAAACAGGAGUUUGUCAAAGUCUACAUGUCGUCGGUGUACUUCCUGCUGCACUCGGCCUCGCUGCCGUGUCACCGGUGGGCAGACGCAUCCUCAGAGGACGAGCGCGCCAGAGUCAUGUACGCCACCCUGAAUGCCCUCAAAGAGGCCCAGCAAGCCACCGGCCAAUCAGGAAGCCUAAAGGUUUUUGUCGAUCCUGGACACCAGCAUCUAGCCUUUGAUGUCACUGAAUUGACCUUUGACCUCCUUUCUGUUGCACAGUAACAGGAGUGCAUUUUUUUUUGUAUAUUUAUCAGUUUCAGUUCUAGGAAAAAAGUGCCAUCAACAAUAUGUUGAAGAUGUAUGAGAACAUAAUCAAGACUUUUCUCAAAGCGGGCAGCGGAAAUGUCGCUGAAGUUGACUUGUUUCAGCAGCCUGCACACUGGGGUGGGACUUAAAAGGUUCAUAUUGUGAAAAAACAAGUUUUGGUUAUCGUUUGCAUUUAAAUGUGGCAGGUGUUUUGUGAUAAACAUCUCAAAAAUCUGUGAACGUGCAUGAAGAAACCCUUUUGUUAUCAGUAAAAUCAAUGGCCUGGAA